GUACGUAUCUUUGAUGUUUGAAUUAAUUUUGACGCAAUUAAGCGCAAUAUUAUAGAAUCGUGCGAAAACUCAAAUAAACUCCCAUUUAAUUUGCGUUGAAACGAAAUGUCGCAUGUUUGCGCGCGGUUUCGGUGAGAAAACGUUUCGGAAAGAAAUUUUUGUAUUCGCGCGAAAAGUCGAUCUCUUACGUUCCCAGUUUGCAACUGGGUAAUUUUCCGACGUGCGUUGAACAAAACGUUUGGAGAUUAAUCCGUGUCGAGCACUUGGAAGAUGUUCAAUCAGAACAACAUGCUGCGGACAGGAUCGUCAAAUACGUCAAAUCCCAUGCAGGAUUUCGAGGUUGUCUCUCCUCCCGACGACUCUAUCUCCAGCCUUGCGUUCAGUCCGGCCUCUGUGCAGCAGAAUUUUCUCGUCGCCGGUUCCUGGGACUGCAAUGUCCGUUGUUGGGAGGUCGAGCAAUCCGGCAAAACGGUACCCAAGUCGAUGCAGAGCAUGGCCGCACCCGUAUUGGACGUGUGCUGGAUUGAUGAUGGAACCAAGGUAUUUAUGGCUGGAUGCGACAAAACAGCAAAGUGCUGGGAUCUGACUUCGAAUCAAUGCGUGCAAGUAGCUGCACAUGAUGCGCCCAUUAAAACAUGUCACUGGAUAAAAGCAUCAACAUAUUCCUGUCUAAUGACUGGUUCCUGGGAUAAAACACUGAGGUUCUGGGAUCUACGCAGUCCCAAACCUGCAAUGACCAUUAAUUUACCUGAGAGAUGUUACUGCGCGGAUGUGGAUUACCCAAUGGCGGUGGUAGGAACAGCUGGUCGCGCGUUAAUAGUCUAUCAGCUGGAGGGCAGCCCGCGAGAGUUCAAGUCUGUGGAACUGAGCCUCAAGUAUCAAUAUCGUUGUGUGGCAAUUUUCAGAGAUAAGAAAAAAGUGCCGACGGGAUUUGCGAUUGGAAGCACAGAGGGACGCGUUGCGAUUCAUCACUUGAAUCUUAGUCCUAAAGAAAAUUUCACGUUCAAAUGUCACAGAACUAACGGCACGCCUAACGGAUAUCAGGAUAUAUAUGCGGUUAACGAUAUAGCAUUUCACCCGGUGCACGGCACCGUAGCGACCGUGGGCGGGGACGGCACGUUUGGAUUUUGGGACAAGGAUGCGCGCACAAAAUUGAAAUCUUCCGAGACGAUGGAACAACCCAUCACACGUUGCUGUUUCAAUCAUAACGGACAAAUAUUUGCGUACGCCGUGUCAUACGAUUGGUCCAAGGGUCACGAGUAUUACAAUCCGACGAAGAAAAACCAGAUCUUCCUGAGGUCGUGUUACGACGAACUGAAACCGAAGGCUUCGCCGUAGAUAUUUUUUCAAAAUCUAUUUAGUGAUUUUGAAUGUUUUUUAUUUUUUUUGAAUAAGAUAAUGUAUAGAAGUAAACGUAGCUGUAAGUUCGGAGGAUAAUUCGCACCUCGGUUAACACAAACUGUCAGCAUUUUAUUUUUACUUACAAUUGUUAAAAAUACAUUUGUGUGAAAAUAUACGUAAUUGAU